AUGGAUCAGAGAACAAGUGAUCCAAGAAUAUACAUCGUCACUCUUCUGUUUCUCUCAUGUAUCCUCUCAGGAGGAGUCCUUUUGGGACUUUACCUCCUCCUCUCUGAUCCGAACCCUCUGUUCCUACAAGCGGGUAUGAUCUUCGUUGGUGUCCCUUGGCUCUUCUGGUUCUUGGCUUACCUUUACUCUUGCGUCCUCAAGCCUUGCACCGUCUCCGUUAGCAAGAGCGUUGCCAAUUUCGAUCCGGAGAAAGGCGAGGAGAAGAAGAACAACAACAACAACAACAGCAGCAUCCAGGAUAGCGCCACGUCAGAUUCAGAUCCUGUGGCUCCGGUGACGCCGAGGGAAGGUGAGAAGCACGUGCAGUUCGGGAAUGUGGUGGUUCUUGGGGAUGGAGAAAAAGGCAAAGAAGAAGAUGAAGAUCGAAACGAAGGCAGUUCUAACUAUCUGAUUCAGAAUCAAGACAAAGGCAAAGAACAAGAACAUCAAGAAACUGGUAGAAGGAAUUCAAGAAGCGAUGAUGAGAGUAGCGUCGAUGAGGAUUGCGAUAGAACUCCGUUGAGAUUAUCUAUCGGCAACAAAUGA